GUAGAGGAUUCAUCCAAUGCCAGAGUGGCAUUUUGUGUUCUGUGAUUUUUUUCCUUCUUCUUUUCUCAUCUCUUCUCUUCCGUGUGAAUAACUUAAUUUGAAUUCCGAUUUUGCAAUUCAUAAUCGUCGAUUUCUUCUUGCCUAUAUGUUUCUGCAGGAAAUAUAUAUAGGGCACAGGUCCUGAAGUACCGUUAUAGGUAGAGGAUGGCAUGUAGGGGAUGCUGGGAAUGCCUUUUGAAGGUUUUGAACUUCAUAUUGAGCCUCACUGGUCUUGCCAUAGUGGGCUAUGGAAUCUAUCUUUUUGUUCUAUUCUCUAAAGCUUCAGAUGAUGACACUCCUGAUAUUUCUCCUGUCAGUGAUGAUUCUGCUCUGAUUCAACUAGGCCGGCCCAUGCUUAUGGCCGUGUCUCUAUCAGACAGCUUUCUUGAUAACUUGCCUAGGGCUUGGUUUAUUUUCUUAUUUAUUGGUGUGGGAGUAGUCCUCUUUCUUAUUUCUUGUUUUGGAUGUAUUGGAGCUGCAACAAGGAAUGGAUGCUGCCUGAGCUGUUAUUCAAUUUUGGUGGCAUUGUUGAUCUUGGUAGAGCUGGGAUGCGCAGCCUUUAUAUUCUUUGACAAAAACUGGAAAGAAGAAAUUCCGAAAGAUAAAACCGGAGAUUUUGAUGCAAUAUAUGGAUUUCUGAGUGAGAAUUGGAAUAUUGUGAGAUGGGUUGCCCUCGGAAUUGGCAUCUUUCAGGUCCUUCUUUUCCUGUUAGCCCUCAUUGUUAGGGCUGCAAAUAGGCCAGCAGAUUAUGAUAGUGAUGAGGAAUAUAUUAAUCCAAGACAGCAAGUGCGGCAGCCAUUGCUCAACAGACCAGCAGCGGGCUCAACAACAGGGUUACCAGUUACUGGGACAAUUGACCAGCGUUCAAGCAGAAGUGAUGCAUGGAGCGCACGGAUGAGGGAGAAGUACGGACUCGAUACUUCGGAAUUUACGUACAACCCAUCUGAGUCGAGCAGGUUCCAGCAAGUAAACCCACAGCCAACUGAAGAAAAGAGCCGUUGCACCAUAAUGUGAUUUCUUUUGAGUUUAUGUUUAUAACUCGUGCUGUGCUGGAUCACAUCAUGACAUGACCAACAUCAUAUAUUCAUGUUUUUUUAUACAUAGUCUUCAUGUUAGUGUGGAAUAUUGUGCUGAGACAUCAACAUUUAAAGUGGUGUUACUUGUGUUCAAGAAUUAGGUGGUUGUGUUGUCUCACCAAAAUAUUUCUCCCUUCUUUCUUCAAGGUGUGAAUUCCGCACUUCUCUUUGAUUAAGCAA